AGUCGUACUACUGUUGAGUGGCCUCAAAGCACGAUGGCGAUGAACGGCAACAACUUACGUGUUGACAAUCGAGAAUGCUAUAACUAUGGACAGGCUGGGCAUAUCUCCCGUUAUUGUCCUCUUCCUGAUAGGCGCCUCCAUCCUCCUACUAGCUCUGCUUUAGUUCCGGCACAGCCAUUGGUGACUAUGCCGGCUGACAAUUCUGCCGUUGGCAUGGUGGCUCCUGUAGGUGAGUCGUACUCUGGUCAGUAUGUUAAUCAGUAUUCAGACAAAGGAUGGUUACGUAAGAGGGUGGCGACCCUCGAGGAUAUUGUCGGUAAAAUCAAGGAAAAACAUGAUGCGGAUGAAGCUAAGGAACGUGCGGCGAAAGAAGAAGAGGAGUGGAAGAAGAAAGAGAAGGAUGAAGAAGAACAAGGAUGCAGCCGCACCUCUGUUGCUAAACCUAUAGCCGAUGAUGAUGUGGUUCUUUGGUUGAAGCGGGAACAAGGUGAACUGAGAGCGGCGACAGAUCGUCGGUUCGCUCUGACUAAAGUCAAGGAAGAUGCAGAGACUAAUGCUGAACUAUGGAAGGCAGAAGCUCUCCGCCCUGGUAACAAAAGAGGGAGCAUCGCGGUUGCAUCCACUCCCAUUUCACAUGCUAGAGUACGGCAGCGCAAUACGCCAUCAGGACGUCCAACUGAGCCGCGCAUCAAUCAGCAACUCAAGGAGAUCGUGGAACGACAUAAUAUGGAAGUUAAUCUGUUGAAAGAGAUGCGGCUCAAGGAUGUCAAUGAUAGGAUCGAUGUUGAGAAGGAAGUUGAAAGACUUAAGGAUGCUAUGGCUAAGUUAGUAAUGGAGAGGGAACGUGAGACGAAUUUGAAGAGUCGUUUGGAUGAAGUUGCGGGACCCUCUGCUUGUAAAGCGGUCUGCCCUUCGGUGAAGAAGAAGGGUGUUGAUACCCCCGAGGAAUAGGUCAAUGAACGAGAAGCCUUCGU